GCUGUGUGCAGCUCAGCAAUGCUGGGGUUUGCCUGCUCUCUUCAGCACCUGGCCCUGUGUUGGUGCUCCCUCUUUGUCUCACCAGAAUGAGAAAACCUGCUGAGCUCCCUCCCAGCUUCUGGCUUAAGGAAGAAGAGUAGAAAUAGAUUUUGGGACUGGAAAAAGGGCUUAGUGAAGACUUCCCUGCUGCCCCAAGGUCCUAAUCAUCCUUGUAGACUCUGGGCUGCCUUGUAAAGCCUCAGCCCUUGGGUGAAGACUGUUGGAUGAGAAACAAAAAUGUCAGCGCCCUAAGCAGUGACAGACUGAUCAAGGACAUGUCUCCUCCUCAGACAGAAACACCAUCUGUUCAUGAUGUUGAGUCUGACAUCCUUCAAAGCAAGAUUUUCCAGGAAUCCAAACUGGCGAGAGCAAUGUGAUUUGUGCUGCUGGUAAUUAGCAUCUCUUGUGGUCUGGCAUGCCGCAAGUUGACCAUCAGAUCUACUGCACUUUGGUGUGAUCUGACUGGCAGAGAGAGCCACGAUGUGACAGAGGAGGAUCAACUGGGUGUUUGCCUCCUGGGUGAAUAAAACCAUGUAACUUCAGGCCUCCUCUUCCAGUGAUGCUGCUUGCUAAUUGGACUGUCAGUGGGAACCUCUGAGAGCUAAACAGAAUAGACCAAAUCCUCCCUGCAAGCAGCUCCCCAGACUCCGGACGUUUCACGUCUGCAGGUCUUGUGUAGGCACCUCUCACUGCCGGCCGCCCAGCACAGUGUCUCCGCACGCAUCCCUCCGGCACCCCCCCCACCGUCCAAAGGCACCGAACACCGGUUGUAUUUUUUUAUUUAAUUACUCGUUACGUGCGUCUCAAACCUUUGAGGGAUCCGUGCCUCGCUGCAGCAUCGGCGAGCCCGCACGCUGUUCCUUGGCAUCUGGCGGUGUCUCCCUCUCUCCCCCGCUCUCCGCCCCGGGGCUGACCCUCGGCGGAGAUGCGCUCCCGGGUUUUCCCUCUCCCCGGGGGAAAAAGGGGCUGUUCUGCUCCGGGCACCUCUCUCAGCUGAAGGGGGCGGGAGCUGCAGCCUUGAAGUAGAAAAGGAAGAAGGAAAAGCAGCGGGGCGAGGAUGAGCGGUGCCGGACAGCGGUGGGCGGUGGGCUGAGCCUCCUGGGCACCGCGGGCUGCGGGAGGAGGAGGAGGCAGCAGAGGAUGCGGCGGGGCAGGGAUGCUGCGGCUGAGCACCCGUCUGCCUAAGGAGAGCAACAUCGUCCUCCGAGGGCAAGGAAGAAAGUGGGGGGAAAGCGGCGGAGCUCGCACAGAGCCCGCGGAGCCCUGCCAAGGACUGCCCGCCUGACGCCCCAGCAAAGUUUCCUGAGCUCGGUGACAAGAGGGGAGGAGGGAUGUGAGAUCCUUCUCCCCGCAGCUCACAGCUGGGCUUCCAGCCCCGGUUCUUCUGGGACGAGCCAUGGCUUUGGCAUCCCCGAGUGAAGGGUGAAGGUGAGACCCCGGGCAGCCGCUCCCUCCAUCGCCUUCCCCGGCUCCGCGCUCCAGCCCAGGAUUUCGAGGCAAAAGGAGACUGGAAACAGCCUUCUCAACGCAGCAUUCACCCUGUGAGGACUGAGGUGGCCUCCAAGACUCUUCCCAGCAUGUUCAGUGAAAAGAGCAGUGCCUCUUUGCCCCAAAAACCCACCCAGAAGAAGACCCGACCCCAGGGUCUCCCUUCCCCUGCUCUCUGCUGUGCCUGUGGACUCUGCAUCAUGCUAGCAGGGAUCAACAUCACCUUAGUGGGAGCAUUUGCCUUUGGGACCUUCCUCCCUGUGAACAACCCUCCCAUCAUCAUCGGGCCCAUCCUGCUGGUGGUGGCCUUCACGUUCUUUGGUGCCUGCUGCAUCUGCAGCCGCAGGCCCCCGGCCCACGGGGCCAGGAAAGCCAAACCAGGCUCUAACAUUGGGCUCAUCAAACCUGGCAACACUGCCUUUGAAAUUGAAACCAGCGAGCACACGGUGCAGGACACCACUGCUGUCCAGCUGAGCCCCACGAAUUCCCCCAUCUCCUCCAAAAAGUCCACACCGGUUCACGAGAACGCCAAGGCUUGCAAACUCUUCACCAUGGAAGGCAACGGGCCAGUGGCCAAAUACACCCCAGGGGGAGAGGCCAUACAGCUCAACCUGCCCAGGGACCUGGCCACAUCCUAAACCCGGGCAAAGCUUUUGUCAGCAGCCAGCCAAACGCUGCCAUGGGUGGGCUGGAAAUGUACCAUCAGUCAGAGGGGUGGGGACGGUGCUUGUGGAAAGCCAGCAGUCAGUCAGGUCUCUCUGAACCACUUCAAGGGAGAUGGAUGCCGCAGCAGAAAGAAAAAUAAUCCAGAUUUUUGCUGAAACAUGCCCAUUAUACAGUUUUAAAAAGAAAACUGAUAACGGUGCUGCUGUGAAAAGAUGAUCUUGGUUCCUGGAAAUAUGCUGCCAUUUUUGGGGAGCAGAUAGGAAGAGGGGAACGAAUUAAUUUUUCUGAUAUAAUGCGAGAGUUGGAAGGAGAGGCUACAUGGGACUGACAAAUGACAGCUCUUUCUUCUCAGAAGUGAAGCAAUUCUUGGACAUAAAAGAAGCAGGAAUGCAGUAAAUUACUGCUUGCUGCCACUCAGUCACGAGAAGAUUUCAGCAUUUUUAGUGCCAGACUUUUUGGCAGUAGGGACAAAGCUAUGUCUUUGCUACUGAAAAAGCAGUGUGAAACCAUCUCUCCUCUGUUGAAAUUUCUUGCCCCAUCCUGCCCUCAUUUGGGUGAUUUUACUGCCCAUUUUAAGAGAAGGAACCACAAGGAUCACAAUCAGCACUGGUAUUUUCCUCUCAUGUUAAUGAGUUUGAGCUGCAGCUGUGCUACUCCUCACAGUGUAUUUCUUGGAAGAUCAGUCAGGCUGGAUCCUUGGGGAUGAGCUCCUGGGGCAACCAGAGACUAACAGGAGCCUGCAAAUUAAAUUUUUGGGCCGUGAUUAUGUAUUGAGUACUAGGCAACAUUCUUCCCAUAUUUUUAUGGAAGGCUGGCCUGGGACACACCUCUGGGCAGGGGGUAGAUAACUGUAUGUGCUUCAGAAUAGCUCUGCUGGAAGAUGGUGACUGUGCCACCUUCCCUGAAGUGACUGUGAGAUCCAUUGCCCAGGAGUGGAUCCUUGCUGCAGGAAGUGGGGCUGCUCAGUGUGCUCAUGGGCUUGCAGAGCACUGGGAUGAGUUUGCAGAAGAGAAUUUAUCAAGAGCUGUUCCAAGCAAAGACGCCCCCUCUGCCUCAGAAAGACCCUAAUCUGAUGGAAUAAUGCUGCAAAGGAUUUGUGUUCUUCUCUGGGUGAUCUGGCUGGGAGCACAGUGCUGUGCUGAUGGGCUUUGCUCUGACUCCUGCUCACGUGUGGGACCAGUAUAGGGAAGGACAGCACUGCUAGGCAGGACUUGUAUGUGCAGCCACAAGAGAGUGGAUCUUGAGUAGGAAUGGCUGCACUCAUCCUCUGUUUAUGGUAACUCUAUAUUUGAAAUUUGGUUUUUGAGACUUUGAAUGACAAGGAAAUCAUCUGGACCUUACCACAUCACUACAGUGGCCCAGCUAGCCCAGAAUCCAGCUUAUGACAUGAGAGCAAGGUCAGGAGAGGAACAUAAAGACAGGGGAAAACCAGGAUGCUGCUUGCCAGAAGUGCUUUCCCAGCUUCCAAUGUGCUAUUGCUUAGGAGCUUCCUGAGCUGGAAGUGGUGCCUGUAUGUAGCAGCCCUGAAUGGAUUUCUCCCCAUGAAAUAAUCCAUGUCUG